AUGAGAAGUACCUGUUUGGGACGGCUUGGCCUUGUAUUACCAGGAGAGGGCAAAGUGUUUGGUCGGGAACUAGCGAGCCAUCCGAGUUGUUCUUGUCGAAAAAAGUUUAAAAACGCUCCACGACAACUUGGCCCACGAGAUCACACUGCUGAUGCAGGUAUGAUCUCAUAA